GCGCAGCCCCGGUGCAGUCCCAGCCCGGAGUCCGAGUCCGCUGCUAACUUACGUUGUGCCCACUCCGGUGCCUUUUUUUGUUGUAAUUUUCUUACUACCGCGGAGCCCCUCGACCGGGUCCUGCCGCCCGCUCCCGCGCAGCGCGAGCCUCCUUCCGCCCAACAGCUCCUGCCCCUCGCGGUGCUGCCUCGGCCGGAGCGGCGAUGCGCCUCAUUCAGAACAUGUGCACCAUAGCCGAGUACCCUGCUCCCGGCAGCGCCGCCGCCGCCGCCGCCGCGGAUUACUGCUUGGGGGCGGCGGGCCGCCGCCUGGUCAAGAUCGCCGUGGUGGGGGCGAGCGGCGUGGGCAAGACUGCUCUGGUGGUCCGAUUCCUCACCAAACGAUUCAUUGGUGACUAUGAAAGAAAUGCAGGUAAUCUUUACACCAGACAAGUCCAAAUAGAAGGUGAAACCCUGGCUAUUCAGGUUCAAGACACUCCAGGUAUUCAGGUCCACGAGAACGGCUUGAGCUGCAAUGAACAGCUAAAUAGGUGCAUUCGCUGGGCAGAUGCUGUGGUGAUUGUUUUCUCUAUCACCGACUACAAGAGCUAUGAACUCAUUGGCCAGCUCCACCAGCACGUCCAGCAGCUACACCUGGGCAGUCGGCUGCCCGUGGUGCUUGUGGCCAACAAAGCUGACCUGUUGCACAUCAAGCAGGUGGACCCUCAGCUCGGACUGCAGCUGGCCAGCAUGCUGGGCUGUUCGUUCUAUGAAGUGUCUGUCAGUGAAAAUUACAAUGAUGUCUACAAUGCUUUCCACAUCCUGUGCAAAGAAGUGAGUCACAAACAGCCACCCAGCAGCACACCAGAGAAGCGAAGAACCUCUCUUAUUCCCCGACCCAAGUCACCCAACAUGCAGGACCUGAAGAGGAGGUUCAAGCAAGCCCUUUCUGCCAAAGUGAGGACUGUCACCUCCGUCUGAAGCAGGGACACUUGAGGGGAUUUGGUCUUCCCAGGAGCAGAGCCUGAGGUCCUUCCAGUGCAGGAACAUUGAAUGCUGGCAGUAAUUCAUGGUUCCAGAAAAGGUUGUAGCAGAGAGGCCAGGCGGGCCAAUGGAACUGGUGCUGAAAAAGAAGAGUUGUUCUGAGCAGGGGACAGAACUGAUGAGGCUUGAAUGAACCCACCUAGCUGCUCUCUGAAUAUGUGACAUGUAUGCUAAUUCUUUUCCUAUGGAGUGGGAAGGGGACAUAAUUGCUUUGGAUUUUGUUUUUAACUACCUUGUUAAAUGACAGUCGUAGUUUCACCAGAUAUAUUGGAUUUACAGUGGGAAUGAAAGAACAGAUUAAGUCUCAUAGGCUUUCUGUUUUUUUCUUCUUUCUUUUCCUUCUCCCCUCACCGCCCCAAAUAGAAGAAUUGCUUUUCUCUUACGAGUAAGAUUUGGAACACUAUUCCUUGUAGAAUGACUUUCUAACCUGAAAGAUACCCAGAUUCCUUUUCUAAAGAACAGAGAAGAAAAUAAUCCCCUCUCUCCCCCAAAAAGGGUGGAGCUUAUGGGCCAAAGUGUUGGAUAUGCAGACAUCUGUAAGCUUAUACGGCCUGCAGGAAGGUUCUGCUUCCUCCUGACACAGCUGAGGCUGCUUAGCUGGGCCGGUGUUGAGUGGUUGAAAAUUCAAAUUCUUCAGUCCCAGACUUUUGAGUAAUUGUGAGACUGUAUAAUUUUUUAAGAAAUGUUGCAUUGGGUACAGGAAAAAAAUGUGUCCAUUGAAUUUGGUGUGAUUUGUGUAAAUGGUUCAUGGCAAUGACGUUGGGUUGCUUCCCAGGCCUGGCUGAGUCAUGGCUUAGAUGCGAAAAUGCUAUCUUAUAGCGGGUGAACAGAUGCAGGGCCACCGCCAGAUCCCCUACACAGACGCACUUUAAAAAGCCACUCAUGCUUUGGCUUAAAUUGUAAUUAAUUUAUUUUAUGUACAAUAAAUCUCAUUUUAAAAGAGCA